UCGAAACUGUGUGCCAGACAGUUUUGUGGCAGACUUGCGUACACAGGCGGACGGAAAAUCGGGACACGAAAACAAAAGCGGCUGCAUUGUGAAGCAGAUCAUCCCAACCCUUGAACUAACCCAACCCCGGGGCAGGAACGUGUUAUUCUGCUCCGGAAUUCCCGUUCAACGCCACGGAUACCGCGUCAAAUACCGCAGCGGGCCAGCCUUCUUCGGCGAUAUUGCUGCAUCGCGGGCGUGUCCAUAUCGUUGCUCCUCGCGUGUGUGUGCUGUGUAUGCAUCGGUUUUCAUCUGGCUACUUUGAGAGCAGAAAACAAAAUGCUGUUAACGAUUAAAGCGGCAGCGAGACGACGUUUGUCGUCGUUAUAGAAUGAUCGUUGCUUGGUGAAUUUGUUGUGUUUAGUGUCCUGGUUAGUGUAUGUUUCAGUGUGUGUGUGUGUUUGUUUGUGAGAGAGUGAGUUUGGUGGUGGAAAACCAAAGAGUUGCGGAAAAAUUUCAUCCAAAUUACGGGCCGCAGCUGUACAGUGAGUGAGUGAGUGGUUGUACCGGCUGGUGGAGUGUUGUGGAGUGGUGUGCAAAGGUGUGUACGUACGCACGGUCGGCAUACAUUGCCGCAGGACGUGUAUACUGUGUGGCGGAGGAAAGGAUAGAGUCGGCUCUUACGGUGGUCAAAUUUUGUGUUCGAUUCGAUCCGGCCGCCCCACCGGACACCGGCCAUCGUCGCUGAAAGCGUUCGGAUCAUCUCGGUCCACUGAAGUGCAUGGUGUCUUUUGCUAAAUGGCAUACAGCGGAGUGAUCGAAAAGGCGUAACAAUCUUCCCCGAUUCGCGCUCGGAUGCUGCUAGAAAGCGAGUAGAAACCACACCACCACCACCACCAGGUGGUCGUCACACACGUAUCUGACGCAAGACGGCCGACGGUUCGCGGUGCUGUGCGGUGAGCUGCGUUGGACCGUGGGGGCGGGGACGAGGGGGACCCCGUGAGCAAAGUGCCAAGUGCCGAGAGCGCGCGCGCGCACGCCACCUUUCAGCAUGCAGCGGUCGUUCGGUGGCCUGUCGGCGGCCAGCCGGGCAGGAGUUUACGACGGCAAAAUAGCCGGCCUGUACGAUCUGGAGGAAACGCUCGGUUCGGGCCAUUUUGCCGUGGUAAAGCUUGCCCGCCACGUCUUCACCGGCGAGAAGGUGGCGGUGAAGGUGAUCGAAAAGACCAAGCUGGACGAGAUUUCGCGCGCCCACCUGUUCCAGGAAGUGCGCUGCAUGAAAUUGGUCCAGCAUCCGAACGUGGUGCGGCUGUACGAGGUGAUCGACACGCAGACGAAGCUGUACCUCAUACUGGAGCUGGGCGAUGGCGGCGACCUGUACGAUUACAUUAUGCGCCACGAGAAGGGCCUGUCGGAGAACGUGGCCCGGGAGUACUUCCGGCAGAUCGUGCGCGCCAUCUCCUACUGCCAUCAGCUGCACGUGGUGCACAGAGAUCUGAAACCGGAGAAUGUGGUGUUCUUCGAGAAGCUGGGCGUCGUGAAGCUGACCGACUUUGGCUUCAGCAAUAAGUUCUGCCCGGGCCAGAAACUGGAGACGUCCUGCGGCAGUUUAGCUUACUCGGCGCCGGAAAUACUGCUCGGCGACUCGUAUGACGCACCGGCAGUGGAUGUGUGGUCACUCGGUGUGAUACUGUUCAUGCUGGUUUGCGGUCACCCACCGUUCCAGGAGGCGAACGAUUCCGAAACGCUUACCAUGAUCAUGGACUGCAAGUACACGAUGCCUGCCCACGUGUCGGACGGUUGCCGGAAUCUCAUCAGCAAAAUGCUCGUUCGUGAGCCGGAGAAGCGGGCCACGCUGCAGCAGAUUGCGCUGGACGUGUGGCUGAUGGAGGGCAGCUGCGAGGAGACGCCGGAAAAUCAGCCCCUAGUGAGCCGGGAGCAGGUCAGCGAGGAGGACCAUACGCUGAUCAUCCAGAAGAUGAUCAAUGGCAAAAUUGCUACCAAAGAGGAAAUCUUAGAGGCUUUAGAUCGUAACGAGUACAAUCACAUAACGGCGACCUACUUUUUGCUGGCGGAGCGAAAACUUCGCGCACACCGGCAGGAGGAAGCGCAAAAACGGAAACCGGAGCUCACGCUGCCGGUUUCGAACAGUACGCGGUUGCUUCAAAAUUUUAAGAAAAACGAAGCAAAUGAAGACGAGGAUACGCAGGAUGGACUGCUGUCAACCCGACUGGGCAUGCAUCUGAGUGUACCCAGGACGCCGGGGACGGAAACGGGCCAGACCGGUCGAAGUCGAAAGUGCAGCAUCGUGCAGGAAGAGGAGGACGACGAGGAUGACGUUCACUGUGCUGGCCACGAGGAACUGUCCACGCCGCUGAACAGGAGAGGGUCCCGAUCGGAGGGGCGCAUCAAUGUAACCGUGCAGGAUCGAAUAGCAGAAUCGGAAAGGCUAAAACUGGAGGCGAAAAAGUAUCAACAGUCAGAGCAGCAAAGCCGGCUCAGCGCAGACGAGGAGAGCGACAGAGAAUCACAACCGGCUGGCAAGGAUCAAGUCGAUGGUGGCGAUGCCGGCAACCAUCAGCGUGCACACCCCCAAACGUCACCGCUGCUCGGUGGCAUUGGCAACGUAACGCUGGUGACGAGCGAAAACAGCAGCACGAAGGAUCGGCUAGGGAUAGCGGGCGGUGGGCUGCACCGGAAACCGAUGCCGGAGCUGAAGCGACACGUCGGCGGCAGUAUCGAUUCGAAAAAGUCAUCCAUACUGAAACCAACGCUGGUGAAAAUUACGGACGGGGUGGUGGGCGUGCGGUCGGGUUCGUUCGAUCAGUGCAUGCGCAACAUGGCUGGCGGCGGCGGCGGCGGUGGAGAGCUCGUAACGACCAAGAUAAUUACCGACAGCUCGACGAUAACGAUACCGAUACCGACGCUCAACAUUGUUACCGCGUCCACGAUACCGAAGUACAAGACGAUGCCGUCACCGACCCGGUCGAACGCGAUCCUCACCUCGACCACCAACUGUCUGAACGAGAUCUUCGAGGAGGGCACGGACGUGGGCAGCUCGGACAGUACGAGCACUACGCCCCGGCCCGUCAUCCGCAGCCAGUUCGUGGCGGCCCGCCAGCAAAGCCAACCGGCCGGCAACGGUACGGCCAGCGGGGCGGCGGCAGCGGCCAGCACCGGCAACAAUGUGCACCGGCGCACCAAGUUCAACAACAAAUCGCGCACCGCGUCCUGCAGCAGCUCGGACGCAUCGGACGACGAUUCGGAGAAUCGAAAGAAGCGGGCGCACAAAAUCGUCGACGCUACGGUGAAGCCGCUGUCGCAGCGGCGCGACUCGCACGACGACUCGAGCGACUCGCAGGACCAGGGCAGCAAUGUGGCGGGCGGGGGCGGUGCGGGCAAACCACUCAUUAGGGGGAUCUCGGGUGCCACCACGAACGGUAGCAGCGGCACUACCAGCAACGGUGGCACUGGUGGCAGCGGUAGCGGCACUAGAAGCGGCACUGGGUCUUCGGCGACGGACGAUAAGCAUGGUGCGAGCAAUCGGCAGAAAUCAUCGCAGCCCGUCGACUUCCGGCGUCAUCGUGGGCGAAGGCGGCCGGUCGAGACGCGGUUGCGCGAAAGCCAGUCCCUGAACCGCAUCACCGAGGUGCAAGAGUCGGAGGUCGGUGGCGGCGGCGGCGGUGGCGUUGGUGGUGGUCAUUCCGUGACACAACAGCUGGCCAGCAGUACGGUCGUGGGCACACCGUUGGUACAGAUGGUCACUUCUAACGGUGCCGUGGCAAAACCGACGACGGAACCACCGAACGCAACGGACGAACAGCAGUCGGAUAAAAGUUGUGAUAACGCAUCGUCUGACCGGGCGUCGGCAGAACCGGAACCGGAGCCACCGGCGUGCCGGGAAGCCGGUACGCCAAGCAGCACAAAGAAGGGACAGUCGGGCAAGGCGGCAUCGCCCCGGCAGCAUCACCACGGGACGUCCAAGCCGAAGGGGCUUAGUGCGAGAAUAUUCCACACGUUCAAGAAGCAACCGGUGGCUGCGGUUACGACGACGACGACCGCUGCCAGCGUUGCGGCCAGUGCAAUGAGCGAUCCACCCUCUACCGGCUCGGCCGACGACAUUGAGAUAGUGGUCGAGCUGGCCAAGGCACUGAACAACGCGUCGGCGGAAGGGGGCAAGACUGGCAACACGAAAAAGAUCAAAAUUCUUGGCCGCUACUUUCAGGUGCAUAAGAAAAUUUACGUUCCCCUGUCCGGUUUGUUCCAGCGGGGCCGCCUGUACAAGGCCCAGUCCUGUGGCUCGAUCGUGCGCGACAAGGUGAACGUAAACCCGAACGGCGGUGGCGCCGGCUCGCAUGCCAACACUACCGGCCGCCAUUCAACGAUAUUCACGGACAAGAAUCGUAUCAUUAAAAAUUGCCUCGGUGGCGGCGGCGAAGCUGCUGCCCGGCAUCUCGGCAGUGACGGUGACAUCAAUCACAAUGGAGGUUCCCAUCAUCAGCACCAUCAGCAACUGCACAGCAGCAGUGGUUUUCUGGCAUCGCUCUCCGCUACUGGCGGCGGUGUCGGUGCGUCCAGCGAAUGCAUUGGCCGUGGAUCGUCCCCGAUCGAGCUUGUAUCGGCGGGGCGCCGGUCGAGUAUUGUCGAUCAUGCGACACCGGUGCUCGGUGCGGCAGCCGUGACACCGCCCGUACCAAUCAAAACGGCGUAGUAGGGCCGUUGUGAAGGAGCAAAAAUGCUAAAAUUCUAAAACCACAAACACACACACAGCUAUUAAGCCAAAGAGAUUGUUUUGCAAAAGUGGGAGUGUGAGGCUCGUCCUCCGUGUUCUGCUUGCCUGGCUCUCCUGCCCGAAGCGCCGAAACAAAUGACAUGCAAUGCAAUUUUGUUAUCGUGUAUAGAGUAGUCUCCCCAUACCCCACACAAAAGGACAAAGUUAGGUCGAACUGUUUUUUACUUAAUAAUUUGUUCCACGUUUCGAAAGUUUUUACACAAUCAAACCACUGUUUAUGUACAGUUUGUCCCAGUUUUUUUUGUUUACUAGCGAAAGAGUGAUGGAGGGAAUGGAAAUGAUCGCAAAACCCAAUGUACACACAUCAGUUUUCAUUCGGAAGAAAACGGAAACGACACGUGCAAUAUUUCGUUGAAUGCGUUUGACACAGGGGUAUAUUCACUAGAUAAGUUAUCAUCAGUCCGAGAUCAUCAAUUCGGUUUGUUCGGCGUGCCCAGUGAAAGCGCAAAAACAAAAAAACGGAAAGAAUAGGUUGUAAGGUGCAAAGUAUUACGAUACGAUUAAGUUAGACACAUUUGUUCGCUUUGUUUUUAAAACGGUUACAGCUGGUCCCGGACCCAUUGUCGCACAAUGGUCACGGAAGCCGGCAGCAGUUUGAGCUAUUUUUUAAGUAAAAAUCAGAAGUUGUGUGACACGCUCGCGAACCAAAGUGACAGACGAUGCUGAGGUUUAGAAGGGUUUAAACAUAUGCGGCUUAUUUACCAUUUUCGUAUGUGGACUGAGUAACAGGACUGGUAAAAGCUCGAUCGACACACUGACGCUGACAGCAAAGGAAGUAAAAUAAAUUCUAAGCUUAGAACCUUAGUGUAAUGUGCAAAGCAACAAGGUACAUAUGAGGGCACGGGAAAGCUACUUUCCCAGGCACAGGGAAAAUCAAACCCAGGUAGAUGUUGUUUCUGUGUCGCCCGCCCGGUUUGGUGGCGUUUGUGUAGUAGUAUGGCACACUAUCCAAGUACUGCAGAGUAAGACAGACACACACACACAUACACAUGUGCAAGAAGCAAAAUACUAAUACUAUUUUUGUAGCUAAUUUACCACAAUUUGUACGCGUAUCAGUAACUUUUGAUAACAAAAAAUCUUACCAUUUUGUCGAUUACUUGAGCAGCCGCCGCCGCCGGUUUUGUGUGUGUGGUCCCUGUGGCUUCACUUUUCAUACCCGGGAAUGUGUGUGUGUGUGUGUUGAGGGAGUGCGCCGCCGGGAAAGGGGAUGUGAGUACGUGCGUGUAUGAGUGUUUCCGUACGAUUAUAUUUUGUGUAUGUGCUGUGCACAGGCCAAUUCACUUCUUUCUCAAUCUGUCGGUUUUGGGAGCGCGGCUUAAUAUAUCGUUUAAUCGUCUACAAACCGCCCGAACGCGUGGAAUGAAUGUGUUAGACGUUAAGCAUUGACAAAAUCGAAUCUACUUGAAGAUAUAGUGAUGGUACGAUGAAGGGAGAACGAGAUAUGGUGGGGAGGAGGUGUACUGAUAGUAAACUCGAAUCGAACGUAGCGCGCAUGAACAUGUUAAGAGAAUUGUGUGUUCGCUUAGCACUGCAACUACCAGCUACUAUGACUAUGACUACUACUACUACUACUACUACUACUACUACUAACGCUAAGACUACUACUACCGUAAGGCAAAAACAUCCCGUCGGGCGAAAGGGGCAUUUAUUAAGCUUAAGAGAAGAUUGUAUGUAGCUUGUAACUGAAACUGAAUACAAUCAGGAUACCUAUACUAGGCAGGGUGGGGGCAGCUUAAGUGUUAAGAAGUGUAAAUUAACGUUUCAUCCAUCAUCUCUGCCAUCUCCCCCGCGGGGAAGAACGAUACCACCGUCUCUCUGACGUGCGAAGCCGCCACCGCACAACACACGCUGCUCUAAUAUUUAUUGAUGCGCUGUUUUGCACUGUGAUGUAUAUUUCCGGUGUGUUCCUUAACAAAAGCAAAAAAGCGCACGAUGAAUUAUUUGCUGUAUUUUGUGUUUUUAAUAGAGAAAGGGAAUAGAUACAUCACCCGGGCGUUCUAACGCACGAAACACAGGAAUGAUUCCAUCAAUGCUCUGUUCAUCGAUGCUCGUGUUAAUAGAUGUUGAGAUAGAAAUUGUACUUGUCAAUCAGGCAUGUAAUUUCGAGUUGAAUUUUCCUAACCCCUCCCCCCCCCCCUGGGGAACACACAGUAGGAAUGAAGAGUUCGGAUAGAUAGUGCUGCACAAUUUGCACGACAAAACUUGUUAGAUAAAUACACACAGACAGACAGUCAAACUCAAUCCCAAAACCAAUGGGCACACCCCACACCUGAUCGUAAUCCUCGCAAUCCCAUACGUGCAUACGUCAUCACAUUCUUUCUGUUUUUGGUGGUCAGUUGAUAAUGAAAACACAUUCGUGAUUUGCUGGGCAGGCUGGCUGCCCUCCUCUGCUCUGUGUAGAGUAGCAAGUCAAUGGGAAAUGUGGAUAGAUGUAAGUAGUGUUGCGUGGCGAUGGAAUUCCGCAUUCAAAGGUGUCGCAUAAACAGUACAGUAGUUCUUCUCGAAUAUAGCAUAAAUGCAUACAAAAAAAGUACGCUGAUUAGACGAGGAAAGUGUAGCGUUGAUGGAUAGGUUCUAGUUUAUACUAAAAAUCACCGUACUAAGCACUAGAAAGCGGAGCGACAAUGUUUCGUUUCCCAAUUUGUUAGCGAUAAACAGAGGGGGGAAACGAACGAAUGUACCAAUGAGAGGAAAAAAAAAACACACAAACACAUUAGUGAUCGUUAUGUGGGAUGAUCGUUUAGAUUUAUAAUUAAGAACAGUGAAACACGCAACACUAAAGAUUAGACGGACCGGGGGCAGACUUUCUGUACAGCAAAAACCCCAUUUUGUCCCCAGCCACCACCUUCAUGGAAUACCUAAUAACUACCCCAUUUGGGUUAGGAUAAGAAUGAGGCGUUGCAGAAUGUAUAAGAUAUAUAUAAACAAAAGAAAGAGAGGAAAGAAAAAAACUUUAAUUGCGGUGCCGUCGAAACGAACAAGCUGGCCUUGUUUUGUUAUGGUGUGUCACGUUACGUUUAUAAGAAGCAUGUAGCAAAAAAAAAAAGAAAUGAAAAGAAAAUGAUAGGAACGCGAUAGUAAGUUAUUGUUUAAGGCAAACCGAAGGAGAUUUUUUGAAAAUUUAAUAAUUCUGCCACUGCCGGAGAAAAAA